UUUUUCCUUUCCAAUUUCUAUUAAUAUCGUAAAGUAGACCCUUGACAUACACUUAACCAGCAGGUGUUCUAUGUUUGUUUAACACGUGUCAACGAUUAUCGCCAAUUAACUGUGAAAAGUUUUGUGUACAGUUGAUCAAAAGGGCACCCGUUUCACAGUUUGUAAUUUACCUGUUUAAUAGUUGAUAAUGUAAAUUUUACCGACUUCAAUAAUUAUUCUACUUAAUUGUUUUCUGUGCUUUAAUCUUUCCGAUCAUUCGAUAAUUGUCUUAAUUUUUGCGAAGAAGAAUAAAUCGGCACGUAUUAAUCAUGCUAGAACAAUUAACCAAUCUAUAUUCAUCACUCUAAAAUUAACUCUAUUUCACCCAAUGAAAAUUUAAAGCUCUACUCGGAACCAAUGACUUUUUGCAAACAUUGUUUUAAGAUUUUUUAAAGGGAUGAUUUUGGACAUAUCUUUCUCACUCUGUUGAAAAAUUCUAUGGUCAAUAUAUCACAAUGCCGUCUCGUGUUUGGAAUUACUUUUCACGUUCUAUUGAUAAGUCUAAAGCAACUUGCGAUCUAUGCAAGAAAGUGUUUGAGUAUAAAGGGACUACUUCUAACCUACUCAAUCAUCUAAAUUCACAACAUCCAACAUCUAACAAAGAUGACACUCCGUCCAAGCAGGGUUCUGUGGCUUCGUUCUUAUGUACGCCAAAGAAGUCUAAGGUCGAAAACGAAAAAAUCACGCAAGCUAUCGCCGAUAUGAUCGUUUCCGAUAUGGUUCCACUUAGCAUGGUCGAGGGUAAGGGUUUUCAGAACCUUAUGGACAUCGUUGCUCCGGGUUACGUUGUGCCGACAAGAAAAACUAUUAAGACUCGUGUUCAACGUAGAUACGAUGCUGAGAAGGAGGCGCUUACGUCAGAACUUUCCAACGUCACGUCAGCAUCGAUUACGACAGAUACGUGGACAUCAAAUAGAACUGAAAGUUUCAUCACUGUCACUGAACAACACAUUAAUGACGAUUGGGAGCUGAAAUCACAUGUGCUGAUAACACGUGCUAUGCCAGAGCGUCAUACAGGUGCAAACCUCGCACAACGUCUCAAGGACUGUGUAAGUGAGUUUAAGUUAAGUGAUAAGGUGGAAGCUUGUGUUCAUGAUAAUGCUCGGAACAUUCAAAGUGCUGGGAAUAUGUGUAAGGACUGGGGUGACUUAGGAUGUUUUGCUCACACACUCCAGUUGAGCAUGAAACCUGCAUUCUUAGUUCCGGAAGUGUGUGAUUUGGUUUCAAAGUGCCGUAAGCUUGUUGGGCAUUUCAAGCAUAGUACUACAUUAACUGCUGAAUUCACUGAUCGUCAGAAAUCAAUGGAUAAUGUGCCUAAACGCUCUCUUGUCCAGGACGUCGCCACACGCUGGAAUUCUACAUAUGACAUGAUGUCACGUCUCCUGGAGCAACGCCGCGUUGUGUCCGAUAUUAUGUUAGAUCCAAAGUUAACAAAGAAGGCCGACUGUGAACUUUACUUAGAAAACGCUGAUUGGAAUUUAUUAUCAGAGUUGUGUUCUAUUCUUGCGCCCUUCAAAUCUACUACUGAGUAUAUGUGUACAGAGAAAAAUGUGUCAGUGUCUGAAAUUUAUCCCAUUGUCAGUGGAUUAGUCAGUAAGAGAUUGGUAGAGUGUACAGAUGAUAGUGCGACCGCCGCCGAAGUAAAGCGGUUGAUUCGUGACGAUCUCAUGUCUCGUUACGGACCUACAGGUGAUGUAGCUCCGACUUCCCUCCCAGCACUUGGGGCAUUGCUUGACCCCCGACAUAAGAAACUAACGUUCUUCACCUCUGCGCAACGGAAGAAAACUCAUGCUAUCCUCGAGUCUCGUUUGGACGAUCUUCCGUUACUUCUACCCGUCAAUCCACCCGAGAACUGUGAACAAACUCCAAAACGUGCUAGAAAACUGGACUUCAUAGAUUAUGGAUCACCUGAUCGUUCAGAAAUCGAGGAUGAAUUACAAAUGUAUUUAGUUGAGAAAAGUGUUCCGGAUUGUGAUCCACUUGUGUGGUGGAAAGAAAACGAAGGACGUUUCCCAAAAAUUUCACAUGUAGCAAAGAGUGUUCUGAGUGUGCCGGCGACAUCCGUACCUUCCGAACGUGUGUUCAGCUGUGCCGGCACACUCUUGAACAAACUUAGGAACAGUUUGUCUAGUGACUUUGUGGACACAGUUAUAUUUCUCAAUAAGAAUAAGGUGGAGUUUAAGACAAGGUCAAUGUCUCUCGUUAAUUAAAUAACAACUGAAAAUUGAUGUGAAGAAGAGUGAAAUUGACUCACUAGCUAUUGAAUAUGAUACUAUCAUGUUUUUAUUAUAUCAAAUGACAGUUAAGUACUAUAGUUAUAAAGCGUGAAAAAUACGUUGAUUGGAUGCUUUGUUUGACUUGAUAUUACCAUUAUACCAUGAUAUGUUAAUUAAGAAGCCUGAAAAAUUAUGUUUGUUUGGAUACUAUAUUUGUGUUGAUAUUACUAUGAUACCAUGAUAUGUUUUGCAAUAAAAGAAUGCUAUCAUUGAUUAUACUGUUUAAUUACAUGUUAUUAAAGUUAUGAUCAAGA